AUGGCCUACGUAGCGCUCGGCAAGGCGCUGUACGACUACGUAGCCCAGGCCGAAGACGAGCUCAACCUCACUGAAGACGACUACCUCUACAUUCUCGAGGCCGACGAUCCCGAGUGGUGGAAAGCCAAGCUUCGUCGGCUUGAUGAGAAUGGCACGCCCAUCGAGGAUGACUCGGAUGAGAGCGCCGUCGGUCUCGUGCCUGCAAACUACGUCGAGGAAGCCGAGCCUCUCCGUCUGAGCCGUGCGCUCUAUGACUAUGAGGCCCAGACCGAGGACGAGCUGUCUAUGGCGGAAGACGAGCUGCUCCGCGUCUACGAGUCAGACGGAGUCUGGCUUCUCGUCAAGAAGCAGGGCAACGAUCCACUCAGUGGCGGCGAAGGACGACUCGGCUACGUGCCCGCCAACUAUGUCGACGAAGCGGAAGCGGUAGACACGGGUGCUGCCCCUGUUGUGGAAGAUGAAUACGCAGCCGCUGAGGAAGAGGACGACGACGACGACGAUGCAGACGUCUCAGGCGCUGCUGGUGCUGCUAUCCCACAGAUCCAACUUCCACAGACGGCUUCUCUCGGCAAGGGCGACGAGAUCAAGAUGUGGCCCGUCUCGGCCUUGGAUGGCAAGAAGAAGAAGAAGAAGGGAACACUCGGCAUUGGCAACGCCUCUCUCUUCUUCGCGUCCGAGAGCGACAAGACGCCCGUUCAGAAGAUCAGCGUAUUGCACAUUGCCAGCUAUUCCCUCGAGAAGGGCAAGACGCUGCAUCUCGAACUCUCGCCCGACGCUGGUCUCUCGGAAAGCAACCUCGACUUUCACACCGGGUCCAAGGAUGCCGGCAACGACAUUGUUAAGAAGAUCGAGGCAAGCAAAGCCAACGCUCUGACUGCAGCGGCAGCUCCGCCCUCCCCUGCCGCCGCUCGUGCCACGCCUGCCGCUCCCCCUGCUCCUGCUGCACCCGCAACAUCCGCCUCCAUUCCUCUGCCUCCGCCGCCGCCGCCCAUUGCCGGCGCUGCCACGCUUCCACCGCCCUCACGCACUGCCGGCAGCAGCGCUACUCUGCCACCGCCUGUGCGCAAGACCGUCUCGUUCCAGUCACAGCAGGGGUCUAGCACUGCUGCCUCGGCACCGGAACCAGAAGCCGAGGAAGAGCACGGUAUCGCCAUGUACGACUUUGAGGCUCAAGGGGAUGAUGAGCUUACCGUCACCGAGAACGAACACCUUAUCAUCCUCGAAAAAGAGAACGACGACUGGUGGAAAGUCCGCAACGACGCCGGUCAAGAAGGUGUCGUGCCCGCUAGCUAUGUUGAAGCCACAGACGCUUCUUCAGCUGGUGGUGCGGCGCUGGCCGCUCAGCAAGAGGAAGACCGACUUGGUCAGGAAGAAGAAGAAGCUGCUGCCGUCGCUGAGGCCGAACGACAGCGCGAAGCUGCCGAGUCAGCCGCUCGCCGACAGAGGGACGCUGAGGAUCGCCGAGAGAGGGAGGAGCAGGAGAGGACGCGACGAGAUGCGCUCAAGGCACAGCCCGCGCCUGCGCCUCCCAAGCUCACUCAGCGACCCAGCACCACCGAGGUCAGCCGUGCCGCCAAGAGCGUCUCCAUUCCUCAAGGACGCAGCGCACCCGAGCGUCCCAAGGACGGCGGUGGCCGUUCCAAGCCUUCGCCCAACAACACCCGUAUGUGGACGGAUCGCACAGGUACUUUCAAGGUGGAGGCUGAGUUCCUCGGCUUCAACCAGGGCAAGAUUCGAUUGCACAAGAUGAAUGGCGUCGUCAUCGAGGUCGCCAUCGAAAAGAUGUCGGAAGGUGACAUCGCCUUCCUCGAAGACAUUACAGGCAAGAAGCUCAAUCCGACCGACGAGGAGAUUGCCGCUUCUACCGCACGACGACGAGAGCGUCAGCAGGAGCGCGAGCGUCAGUCGAGCCGAUCCCAGCCCUCUUCCACGUCAGGCAUGUCGCGAGAGGAGCGGGAACGGGAGCGAGAACGACGCAAGGAGAAGGAACGAGAACAGCGACGUCGCGACCAGGCACGCUCCGGACCCAAGCGCAACGUCGACUGGUUCGAGUUCUUCCUCGCUGCAGGUGUCGAUGUCGACGAAUGCACCCGCUACGCAAGCUCCUUCGAGCGUGACAAGAUCGACGAGACGGUUCUCGCCGACUUGGAUCCCGCGACACUGCGCAGCAUUGGUCUGCGCGAAGGCGACAUUAUCCGCGUUACCAAGUUUAUUGACAAAAAGUACCGCCGGGACAAGUCGCAUUCGUCUUCGUCGUCACGACCAUCGGGCCGUGCCAAUGCCAACACGGCGGCCGACCUCGAAAGACAGAUCAAGGCGGACGAGGAGCUGGCACGCAAGCUGCAAGAGCAGGAGGGCUCGGCUCGACGUGGCGAAACAGCCAGCCCUGCGCCGCCUCAGCUCUUCUCAGGUGCUGAUGGCACUCUGAAGAACAACACUCGCCGUGGCCGUCCCACGCCAAAGAGCACCAGCGGAAGCAACGUCGAUGCCGCUUCGCUGGUUGCCGCUUCCGAGUCGCUCGCCCGCACUGCAACGCCUCCUGCUCGUGCUGAAACCGUCAGUCCUGCUGCUCCCAAGCGGACUGGUUCGUCGCUGGCGAACGGUUUCGACGAUGAAGCCUGGACGCCACGACCUCCUAGCACCAAGCCAGCGACGCCCGCGAGACCGACGGUGGCAUCUCCUGCACCUUCUGUGACGGUAGCACCGCCUGCACCGACCCCACCUCCCGCACCUGCAGCUGCUGCUGCUUCGCCUGCACCGUCCCCUGCGCCGCCCGCAGACCCUAACUCGGCGCUGUUCGACAAGCUCGCCGCGAUGAGGCCUCCGUCGGCUGGCGUCAGCCCACGGCCCGGAGCGAGCCCUUCGCCUGGCUCGUCUUUCCUGGGCCAGUCGCAAGCGUACAACCCCAACGCGCCUCGCGGACCCUUCGCACCCGUGCCUGCGAACCAGGGACUGUUGCAGCCACUUGUCCCCACGCAGGGCACAGGCCAAUUCGUGCCGACCAACAAGACGGGCAUGAUGGGGAUGCAGAUGACGGGCAUGCAAGCUCAGCAGACCGGAUGGGGCAUGCAAGGUAUGCAGGGAAUGCAGGGAAUGCAACCUCAGAUGACGGGCUACAACGGCAUGGGUGGAAUGGGGCAGAUGGGCGGAAUGUCGAUGCAACCGCAGCAGACCGGCUUUGGCAACGGUGGCUACGGUAUGAAUGGCUCGUCCUUCAACGGUCAGCUUAACGCGCAACAGACCGGCUUCAACGGUAUGCAACCGCAGCAGACGGGUUUCGGGAUGAACCCGCAGCAGAUGAUGGCCCAACAAACCGGCUUUGGCAUGGGAUCGCAGCAGCAGGUGCAGCAACAGCAAGCGGCGCAGGACGAGAAGGACAAGUUCAACGCGAGCAACAUCUUCCAGCAGAUGAAGACGGGAGCAUUCGCCAAGGAUCCCAAUGCAGCGCCGCAAACGAGCGACAAGUACGACGCGUUGCGACCUCAGCCGACAGGCUUCCAGCCCGGCGGUGUCAUGCCCCAGUUCACAGGCAUGGGUUUCGGCCAACAGCAACAACAGCAGCAGGGGUAUCCUGGUAACGGAUACGGCGGCGGCUACGGUGGGUACUGA